UUUGAAUUUAGGAUCCGUAAAAGUAACAAUGGGAGGCCGCCAGUUAAGCACGGCUCUGUCCGAUUUUUUCCUGGCCUUGUCAGCUUAUUUCGUGGCAGUGAAACUAAAAGAAGUAUGCGUCAUCGCAGGACUCGGCAUCUUCAUUCAAGGAAUGGCGGCUAGCAUGGGAGUAGCUCGAUUUUCAAUGGAAAAACCAUACAAGGAUAUCAUCAGAGCACACAUGCUUUUUUCUUUACUGGCGACAUUUGUCGGGAUUCCAUUAUUGUCCAUUGGAUUCUGUAUUUACUAUCAAUUCACAAUGUUAUCGUGGAUUCUCUCUGCAGUUUGCUUUUUGGCCAUUACCUUCAGCUUCUUCAUGGACUCAGAGGUGAAACGCUCGAUAUCAGAACCAAUGGCAGGUAUGGCAAUUAUCAUCAUAAUUGCUCUGUGUCUAUAUCACGAAAACUUGUUUGGAUUUUUAGCUUGUAUUAUAUACAUACUUUCUGGUGUGAUGGUUGGAAGCGAAGGAGUUUGGUUUGGAAUCCUGCGUAUUGAUUUGCUCCAUUAUACUUUGGUUCUUGGUAACCUAGCAUUUUACAAAUCAUUUACAUAAAUGUAAUCAGGAAGUU